AUGAGGUUCUCAAAUCUCAUUGUCAUCCUUCUCGGCCUGGGAGUCACAGGUAGCACUGCAUGGGACAACCCUCAAGUUUCCCUCGACUACGGAUCGUUCCAAGGUCAAUAUGACAGUACCUACAACCUCUCAUAUUUUCGCAAGAUCCCAUUUGCUGCACCGCCAAUAGGGGAGAACCGCUUUCGCGCGCCUCAGCCACCACUCAAGAUCACUGGAGACCUCUAUGACACAAACCAGGACUUUGAUAUGUGCCCCCAGCGCACGGUCAACGGCAGCGAAGAUUGUCUCUAUCUGGGUCUAUUCUCACGGCCAUGGGACAUAACCAGGGACACUAGCAGACCAGUGCUGGUCGUAUUCUACGGCGGAGCCUUCAUUCAAGGUAGUGCGGCAUUCACCAUGCCGCCGUCCUCAUUCCCGAUCCUCAACGUCAGCAAUAUUAACGACUACAUCGUUAUAUACUCCAACUACCGGGUCAAUGCCUUCGGCUUCCUACCCGGAAGGGCAAUCAAAGACUCGUCAACCUCAGAUCUAAACCCGGGGUUAUUAGACCAGCAAUAUGUCUUAAAAUGGGUCCAGAGCCACAUCCGUCAUUUCGGCGGCAACCCUCAUAAUGUAACAAUAUGGGGUCAGUCAGCCGGUGCCGGCUCAGUAGUUGCGCAAGUCCUUGCAAACGGCCGCUAUGGCCAGCCGAAACUAUUCUCCAAAGCCCUUGCCAGCUCGCCGUUCUGGCCCAAGACAUAUAAAUACAACGCACCCCAAGCAGAAGCAAUUUACACCCAGCUGGCGAACCUAACAGGCUGUGCCAGUUACAAUCACGCUCAUGAGACACUCGCCUGUCUCAAAUCCGUGGAUGUCCAGAAAAUCCGCGACGCAAGCUUGAUCAUCGGAGCAAGCCACACUUGGACAACGAGCUCUUACACCUGGGCGCCUGUGAUAGACGGAACUUUCCUCGUCGAGACACUCACGGACACUGUGAACAAGGGUUCCCUGAAUACAGAGUUUGUUUGGGGAAUGUACAACAGCCACGAGGGCCAGAACUUCGUUCCAUCAGGUCUUGACAGCACCGUAUCUGUAAAUGGAUUCAAUUCCUCUGUUGCGAGCUUCCACCAGUGGCUUUCCGGUUUCGUGCCUGGGUUGUCGACUAAGUCGAUUGGUGAAGUGGAAUCUCUUUAUCCUGCUGAGGGGAGUACAGAGACGAUCGACAGUUAUAAUACUUCCUAUGUUCGAGCUGGCUUGGUUUAUCGGGAUGUUGUGCUUGCGUGUCCGGCUUAUUGGAUUGCGUCGGCUGCGACGGAGAAAGGGUAUCUUGGGGAGUACACGAUUUCCCCGGCGACGCAUGGAAGUGAUACUAUUUAUUGGAACAGAAUCAACGCUGUUCAAAAGACUAAUCCUGUCGUUUAUGAAGGCUACGCGGGAGCUUUUGCGAGUUUCUUCCAGACGGGCGACCCGAAUGCACACAAGGUGACGAAUGCUUCGCAGCCAGGUGUGCCAGAACUAGAUACGGGCGAGGAAUUCGUGGUUGUGGAUGAUGGGCUUGAGAAUGUGAAGCUGCCGCAGUUGAAGAAGAGGUGUGACUUCUGGCGAAGGCUGGCGAAGGAGAUACCUGUAUGA